AUGGCUGUGAACAUCUUUCUGAAGCGGGCUGCUCGGUGCUUGGGGAGGAGGGAACGGAGGAGCCGCCGGCAGGUGUCCUGGCGCCGCGGGACACCCCGCAGCGGUGUCACCCGGAGGCGGGUGGUCAGAAGCAUUUCUACUACAGAUAGCUCAGCCAUUUCACCACUUUGGUUCCACAGUGGUGGUGACUGUGUUUUGGAAUUGUCAAAGUUUUUGUUAACAGGAAACAUUUGUCGCUCUCCAAUAGCUGAAGCAGUUUUUAGAAAACUGGUAACUGAUGAAAAACUUGAAAAUAAGUGGAUGACAGACAGUGCUGCUGUUUCAGACUGGAACGUGGGGCGCUCCCCAGAUGCAAGGGCUUUAAGCUGUCUAAGAAAUCAUGGCAUUGAGACAGCACAUAAAGCACGGCAGGUUACUAAAGAUGAUUUCCAGACCUUUGAUUAUAUACUUUGUAUGGAUGAGAGCAAUCUAAGAGAUCUGAAAAGGAAAAGUAACCAAGUUAAAGACUGCAAGGCCAAAAUUGAACUACUUGGAACUUAUGAUCCACAGAAGCAACUUAUCAUUGAAGAUCCAUACUAUGGUAAUGAAAAGGACUUUGAAACUGUUUAUGAGCAGUGCGUUAGAUGCUGUAAAGCAUUUUUGGAGCAGUCCCAUUAAUGCUUCAUCAUUUUAUUUCUAAAAUAAAAUAAUUAGCUUCUCCUGAAAUAUGUAAGGUUUACUUGAUUGAUGUACUUAAAUUGUAAAGUCAUGCCUCAGUAGGUUCAAAACCUUUUCAGUUUAAUUUUAUAUUUUCGUUUUUCUGUCAUUAAUUAAAAUACAGAAAAGAUUCAGUUGGAUUAGAUGAUCAACUAUUUUGUCACACAUCAGUGUUAUAAUAAAGUGUAUCUUCCAGAAUAAAUUUAUCUGUAAACUCUUCCAGUGCUUUCUCACAAGCACUGCAAAAGUAACAUUGUGCUUCUUUAUGUUCUGUAAUAACUAAACUGAGGUCUUCUCAUUAUGCCCUUAGUGAGCUAAUUGAAAUC